AUGUCGAAGGAUAACUGCAAGCAAGUGGGCUGCAAACACAAAGAGCGCAAACCCAAAAAGCCGCACUACAUCCCGCGGCCAUGGGGCAAACCCUACAACUACAAAUGCUUCCAGUGCCCCUUCACCUGCAUGGAGAAAUCCCACCUGUACAACCACAUGAAGUACAGCCUGUGCAAAAACUCCCUGUCGCUGCUAAUCGAGUCCGACUGGCCCUAUAAAAAAGACCAGCUCCGGCUCCAGCAGGCAGCCGUCCGCUCUCGAAGCCCAGCGAAAGCUCACUCUGAGCAGGCGACAACCCCAGACGAGCCCUCGCACUCAUCAGCCAAUCUGGAGGAGGAAGAAACUAAUAAAAGAGACGAAAAAGAUGAAGACAUCCAAGAAGCAAAUGCAGAAAACCUAUCAGAAGCGUGUUCAAGACGAUCGAAGCCAUCAAAACAAGAAGCCGAAUUGGUGAUGGCGGACAUGUUUCAUUAGAAGAGCAACUUUUGCGAGCGGCGCUCAGUGGAGGUGGAGUCAAAGCUGAGACACUACAGGCUGUCAAAAACAUGUCUGUCGGGCCCGGCCGCGCUGCUUUCAGAACAAUGGCGCAUACUUAGCAAUCAAACAUCCAAUGUGAAGCCAAAACCAGACGUGGCGGCUCCAUCGUUACCCUGCUAUCCUCCAGUCUCAACGAGUCAAAUCGAAUGCUCAGAUACGCCAGCAUUCAAUCUAUCUUUACUCGGUGUGGGCUAUCCUUUGGCUCCAGGACUUCUGUCAUAUUUAAAUCCGACGCUGAGCAAUGCAAACCCAUCGAACACACCACUACCGUUCCUAGCAUCACAGCUAGCGCACUCACAGAGACACUCAGAGCGGCCUCUGCUCCCUCCUCAUCUGUAUUAUCCAUUCCUGUGUGAACACACAUUUGGAGCGACUCCUUCUUCAUCAGCAUCUGAAGCCAGUAAACUCAUUAAAGCUCCGUCUGUGGGUCUUCAGCCGCCUUCAUAUCCUCCAAAACUGAGCCUGUGGAAGGUGCCGGCGCUGCGGCCGGCGUCCAGCCAGAGCUCCCCGGCUGCAGUCUGGACAUCCCCCACACACUCGUCCCCAGAGCCGAGCCUCGGGGCACUGCAGGAGCGAGUACGGGCACGGGACGUAAAGAGCGGCUGGCAGCAGGAGGCGUCGAGUCUGAAGAGAACAGCAAUGGCAGGGUUUGACUCCCAUGGUGCACCGGUGGAGAAGAAACCAGCGCUGGAGAUCGGCCUCGAGUCUCUGAAAAACACUCAGAAAUCUGCAUCCAUCGCUGCCUUGAUGUCCAGCAGGAUGCCCAUGCACAACAGCGCCAGCUCGUCCCCGCUGCAUCUGUCUGAGCAGCUGGAGGCCAGACAGAGAGGAAUGGAGAGAGAAUCGGCGCUCCUGCAGGACUUCGGCACAUUAUUACAGGAGUACCAGCUCACCGAGCAGCGCGCCGCGUCCCUUCCGGAGCAGUGCCAUCUGUGGGCACACCUGGGCAAGAUCCGCACGGAGCUCUCGCAUAUUCAACAGGCACUAGAGCGGACGGCUCGAUCCAACGAAGGACCUCUGGAUCUGUCAGUCAAAAAGGAUCAGCCGCUAAUGGUCAAUGCAAUUCCUGGAGAAACUAAAGCUGAAGACUUCUCUGAAACUGAAGAUGAUGAAGAUGAAGACGAUGAUGAUGAUGAAGAUGAUGGUAAAGACAGACGCAAGUGUUCUCUGGACGCGCUGAUGAAGCUGAACCCGCUGGUGAAGACGGAGGUGUUGACAGGCAGCGCUGAAGCUCUGUGGCACAGCAGGACCACAAAGUGUGAAGCGGAUUCAAGUGUCCUUCUGUGCUCCAAAACACCCAACAGACCCCCGUCCAUCCAACAUCUGGACACACUCUGUCCCGGCAGCCCCCUCACAACCACUGACACACUGGUGUAG